GUGGACAGCCAGAGAUUCUCUGGGGGAGGCUUCGGGGGCACCGAGUCCACACAUGAGGUGCUCUUGCUACCAGAUGGCAGGAUUCUGGCAAAAUACCAUUACGAGAGCGACUACAUGGAGAAAUCCGGCGACUACAGCUGCACUUGUUUCUGGGAGAUCGCCGAAGGAACUUUCUCGCCCACUUCAGACCCUGGGUGCUUGCUGCUAGAAUGGAACAAUUGGGCGGAGCUGACUCAAAGGAGCGUGGAGCCCUUUGGUCCAG